AUGGUAUCACUAUUCGGGUGGGGCUCAAGCCCAAAAUCCGAGUCGAGUCAGCCAGCACCUCAAGCAAAGCCAACACCCGAUGAAUCUGCAUCGCCAGCACCACCAACACAAUCACAAUCAGCGCAACCACCCUCGCCCCAAACAAACACAAACCUCAAACUUUUCUUCGGAGGAAUGACCUUCUUCGCGCUAUCUGUACUAGUUACGCGCCGCGCCUUCCAUAAAAAGCGCAUCUCGUGCAUUCCGCCAUACUACACAAGCUCGACGUACCACCAGCCGCACUCGAACUCCGCGGGCGAUGCGUUCGAGGCUCUGAAUCUGGCGACUCUCAACGUGAUCUCGUUCGGGUUAAUGGCAGGCGGUGCAGUCGGGUAUGCGUUGAACAUCAAUGGGCUUGAGGACAUGCGGAGAUUCGUUCGGAACGGGUUACAGGGAGGUAGUGAUGCGCCUGUGAAGAGCGAUGAGGAGCUUGAGGCAGAGGUCACUGAGUGGGUUACUAAGAUCCUCGGUGAUAAGUUUGAGAAACAGUUGGAGAAGGAGAAGAUGAAGAGGGCGCUCCGAGAGAAUAAGGUCGAUCAGGAUACCAAAGAGAGUCACUGA